UGGCAACAGUGGUCGCUGUUGCGUUCGCGUACUUUCGUGACUUCAUUUGCGCUUUAAUAUUUAUAUUCUCCGUGCUGCGAAUAAAAUGGAUAUAUCUUGGCAGUUGUUCAAGAAGCGGAUUAACGCUGAUUCAUAGGCUGGCGAGAAGAUCAGUGCCCCAAAAAGGGUGACCGCUAAGAAAGUGCAAUAACUGCAGCUCUAUUGUGCGUGCGUGUGUGUGUGCGUAGAUCUCCGCGUCGGUGUGUCGGUGUUUUAUUUUUUUUACGUUUGUGUGCGUGGCGUGCCAACAUUUGCGGCACAAGUUUGCAAAUUGGCACUGAGAAAGUGCAAGAAGGUGCAAGAAAGUGCAAGAAAGUGGUUCUGGGGAAAAUAGUUCAUUCGAUCAGCAUCCGCUUUCUGCUGAGAGUGGCGCGCCUGCGUUUUGUGUCUCUAUGAUCGCAGCAAAGCUGCCUGCCUACGUGUACAGAAAUCGCGAGAGCGCCGGGAAAGUCCCCAAAAUCCCCAAAAUCCCGAAAAUGUGGUGCUUUUUUGGGCUGGUCCUGAUCAUCGGCUGCGCAGCCGGAGAAUACAGCGAAGUGCGGGUCAUCCAGGAAGUGGACAAUUUCCUGGAGAGUCCGCACUACCUGAAAAACGAGGAGAUCGGAGAACUCUUCAACCAGCUGGCCAAGGACUACCCCGACUUGGCACAGACCUACACAAUAGGCAAAUCCCUGGAGGAUCGACCUAUCCACGCCCUAGCCCUCAGUGCACCCACCGGGGAGUCCAAGAAUGGGGAUCUCCUCAGGCCGAUGGUCAAGCUGGUGGCCAAUAUACAAGGCGACGAAGCCGUGGGUCGUCAGAUGGUUCUCUACAUGGCCGAAUACCUGGCCACCCACUACGAUGGGGAUACGCAGAUCCAGGCGCUGCUGAAUCGCACCGAAAUCCACUUCCUGCCCACCUGCAACCCCGAUGGGUUCGCCAAAGCCAAGGAAGGCAACUGCGAGUCGCUGCCCAACUACGUGGGGCGUGGCAAUGCGGCCAACGUCGAUUUGAACCGUGAUUUCCCCGAUCGCCUGGACCAGAGCCAUGUCCACCAGCUGCGCGCCCAGUCUCGUCAGCCGGAAACCGCCGCCCUGGUAAAUUGGAUCGUCAGCAAGCCGUUUGUGCUCUCCGCCAACUUCCACGGCGGAGCUGUGGUGGCCAGCUAUCCCUACGACAACUCCUUGGCUCACAACGAGUGCUGCGAGGAGAGUUUGACCCCGGAUGAUCGGGUCUUCAAGCAGCUGGCCCACACCUACUCCGACAACCAUCCGAUUAUGAGAAAGGGCAACAACUGCAACGACAGCUUCUCGGGCGGAAUCACCAACGGAGCCCAUUGGUACGAGUUGUCCGGCGGCAUGCAGGACUUCAACUAUGCGUUCAGCAACUGCUUCGAGCUGACCAUCGAGCUGUCCUGCUGCAAGUAUCCGGCGGCCAGCACUCUGCCCCAGGAAUGGCAGCGCAACAAGGCAUCGCUGCUGCAGCUGCUGCGCCAGGCGCAUAUCGGCAUCAAGGGUCUGGUUACAGAUGUCAGUGGCUUUCCGAUACCCGAUGCCAGUGUCUACGUCGCUGGACUGGAGGAGAAACCGAUGCGCACCUCCAAGCGGGGCGAAUACUGGAGGCUGUUGACCCCGGGACUCUACAGCGUGCACGCCUCCGCUUUUGGGUACCAGACCAGUGCCCCUCAACAAGUCCGGGUGUCCAACGAUAACCAGGAGGCCUUGCGCCUGGACUUCAAGCUUGCGCCCGUCGAGACGAACUUUGAUGGCAACUUCCGGAAGGCAAAGGUCGUGCGCUCCGAGCCUCCGGAGAAGCUCAAGGAGCAGUUCAAUGGAUUCCUGACCCCGACUAAGUUCGAGCACCACAACUUUACGGCCAUGGAGAGCUACCUGAGGGAGAUCAGCACCAGCUUCCCCUCCCUCACACGCCUCUACAGCAUUGGCAAGAGCGUCCAGGGUCGCGAUCUCUGGGUGCUCGAGAUAUUCGCCACCCCGGGCUCCCAUGUUCCGGGAGUGCCGGAGUUCAAGUAUGUGGCCAACAUGCAUGGCAACGAGGUGGUGGGCAAGGAGCUGCUUCUACUGCUCACCAAAUAUAUGCUGGAACGCUAUGGCAAUGAUGACAGGAUCACCAAGCUGGUGAAUGGCACCCGCAUGCACUUCUUGUACAGCAUGAACCCCGAUGGCUACGAGAUCUCCAUCGAGGGCGACCGAACCGGCGGCGUGGGCCGAGCGAAUGCCCAUGGAAUUGACUUGAACAGAAACUUCCCCGAUCAGUACGGCACGGAUAGGUACAACAAGGUGACCGAACCCGAGGUGGCUGCCGUCAUGAACUGGACACUCUCGCUGCCGUUUGUCUUGUCCGCCAAUCUGCAUGGGGGCUCCCUGGUUGCCAACUACCCGUUCGACGAUAACGAGAAUGAUUUCAACGAUCCGUUUAUGAGGCUGCGGAAUUCCACCAUCAAUGGUCGCAAGCCGAACCCCACAGAGGACAAUGCUCUGUUCAAGCACCUGGCGGGGAUUUAUUCAAAGGCACACCCCACUAUGCACUUGGGCCAGCCCUGUGAGCUCUUCCGCAAUGAGUUCUUCGCCGAUGGCAUCACCAAUGGUGCGCAAUGGUACAGUGUUACGGGGGGCAUGCAGGACUGGAACUAUGUGCGGGCAGGAUGCCUGGAGCUGACCAUCGAAAUGGGUUGCGAUAAGUUUCCCCUGGCCGCCGAGCUUUCGCGAUACUGGCAGGAUCAUCGGGAGCCUCUGCUGCAGUUUAUUGAGCAAGUGCAUCGUGGCAUUCAUGGAUUUGUGCACAGCACCAUUGGCACGCCGAUUGGGGGAGCUGUUGUCCGCUUGGAUGGAGCCAACCAUUCCACCUACAGUCAAGUCUUCGGAGACUAUUGGAAGUUGGCGCUGCCCGGUCGCCACAAUCUCACUGUGUUGGGCGACAACUAUGCUCCACUACGAAUGGAAGUUGAGGUGCCCGACGCCGAGCCCUUCGAGAUGCGGAUGGAUAUCACCCUCAUGCCGGACGAUCCGCAGCACUGGGCCUCCGCCAAUGACUUCAGGAUUAUUGAAAACGUGGUCAACACGAGGUAUCACACCAAUCCGCAAGUUCGUGCACGCCUGGCGGAGAUGGAGAACCAAAACGGACAGAUUGCCAGCUUCGGAUAUGCCGAUUCAGAGUUUGGCGCACUCUUCAAUUACCUCAAGAUGACUUCCGAUAUUGGCGAGCCCGAGGAGCACAAGUACAAGCUGCUGGUGGUCAGCUCCCUAUACGAUACAACGGCUCCGCUGGGCAGGGAAAUUUUGCUCAACCUCAUACGCCACUUGGUCGAGGGAUUCAAGCUGCAGGAUGCGUCUGUUGUCGAGCUGCUAAAACGCAGUGUCAUCUACUUCCUGCCGCAGACUAGCCAGUUCCAAAAUGUCUUCGACAUGUACAACAGCAACUCCUCCAUUUGCGAUCCAGUCCUGGGGGAUGAGUUGGCCGAACGCCUUCUUGGCCCGGAGACAGACCAGGCCAAGGACGUAUUCCUGCAAUUUUUGCGCAGCGAACGCUUCGAUUUGAUGCUUACCUUCGGAGCCGGUAGCUCCGAGUUGAGCUAUCCCAAAGGGGACUCGGUGCUCGAGAAGUUUGCCCACCGAAUGCAGCGAACGGAGUUCAACUACUCGCCCCUGCAGUGCCCGCCAUCCGCCACGAGGCAGCUCCACCGCGAGACCACCGAGCGAUUGACCAAUAUGAUGUACCGCAUAUACAACCUGCCCGUCUACACCUUGGGCAUUUCCUGCUGCCGGAUGCCGCACCAAAAGAAAAUCGCAUCCGUGUGGCGCAAGAACAUCGAUAAGAUUAAGAACUUCUUGGCUCUGGUGAAAACCGGAGUAAGUGGCCUGGUGCAGAACGAUAAGGGACAACCACUGCGGGAGGCCUAUGUCCGACUGUUGGAGCACGAUAGGAUCAUUAAUGUCACGAAGAAUGUGGCGCGAUUCCAGCUGAUGCUGCCCCAUGGCCUCUAUGGCUUGGAGGUAACCGCUCCCAACUACGAGUCGCAAAUGAUUAAGGUGGACAUAGAAGAAGGUCGCACCACGGAACUGGGCAUUAUACGCAUGCAUCCAUUCACGUUGAUUCGUGGCGUUGUCCUGGAGUUGCCGCACAAUGAUAACAAAGCCACCACCAGCAUUGCAGGAGUGGUGCUGGAUGAGAACAACCACCCAGUGCGGAACGCCAAGGUUUCGGUGGUGGGGCAGACGCAAUUGAGGAACUUCACAGGCAGCAUGGGACAGUAUCGCAUAUCGGAGGUACCUGUACGCACCGUCACUAUAAAAGUAGAGGCUCCGCGCCAUCUGGAGGCCACCCGACAAUUGCACCUGGUUCAGGGCGGCUUGGCCACGGAGAACGUCGUCUUUCACCUAAAAGUCAACGAUCAUGUCUUUGGACUGCCGCGCUUUCUGUUCAUUCUGUUCGCCAGUGUCCUGAUCAUUGUUGGCGUGAUCGUCUGUGUGCUGUGUGCCCAGUUUUGGUUCUACCGACGCCAUCGGGGGGACAAGCCGUACUACAACUUCUCACUGCUGCCGCAGAGGAAUAAGGAGCAGUUCGGCCUUGAGGACGACGACGCGGGCGAUGAUGGGGAAACGGAGCUCUUUCGAUCUCCCAUCAAACGCGGCAUGACCAUACAGCCGUACUUCGACGAGGAACAGCUGGAGCGCAUCCUGCACACGGACGACGAGGACGACGACGGGCCGCACAUGGAGCCGGAACUUGAUGUGGCUGACGAUAGUGAGGACGAUAUAGUGAUGUUGCAUAACAGCGGGAACAAGAGACGGCACUAAAAUCCAGAUGUCCUGAUGUCCUGAUGGAUGGUCCCCAAUCAAUCACAAUCUCAACACAAUCUUGACACAACACAACCUCCAGGGAUCACCCAAUGCCCGAUGCACUUUAACCACACACAACAUAACUGUGAUUCAAAACGUUUUCAAGAGAAACCAACGCUCUACCUUUUCUUAUUUUUGUGUAAUAUCUACCCUUAAAAUGUGAGACACUUAAUUUGGGCUUUAGUGUUACUGAGCUUGCACCCAGAAUGCAUCACAGCCGUCAGCUUUAAAUAGAAAAUCCUUCUACCCACUGGGCGAAUCUCUCUUUCAUGACCGUUUAUAUAGAGAUAUACAUUUUUAUGUCCAGCCAAGAGAACUGUAUGCGUAAAUGUAACUUAAACUAAAGACUGAGAGCCUCGUAACUCAAUCAAAAAUGAAAUCAGAAAUAACAGAUUGUGAAAAAAUACUACAUCUAAUCUAGCUAAAUUGAAACCGAAAAUCCCAGCCAACAGCAACAGAGAACGGGUUGAGUUUUAAUAAGAAAAUGAACUGCGAAUAGCCAAAUACAAUGUCAAGAUUCAAUUAAAUCAAAUCAAAUUAUACUAAUUUACCAAGCAAUGUCAUUCCAAACGAUAAAUUACUUAGCAGCUCAUUGUGCAGAAAAUUGACUCUUAAAGAUUCAUUUUUAGCUUACUAUUUUACAAUUUCUCAAGCCAUUUUUCGUAGCUUGUAUCGAAAAUGUGGCUAAAUGGCUAAUCCCAUGAACUCUAACCCUCUGUGUGCUAAAACCUGGCUUCCAAAAAAAUAAAAAAAUAAAUGGUUUUUAACACUAGAAAAAAUUGAGCAAGAGAGAAUCAUAACAAAAACAGUUAACAGCUUUUGUAAUAUUUUGAAUAUGCUCAACAUACAAAAUUCAAACGUAAAUUCAAAUCCAUUUAUAUAAACAAUGAAUACGUAUAACAAUGUUUUGCACGAUUUUAUCUAAAUAGAGCACAAAAAGACAAAGCGGUAGGAAGUAACGUGAAAGUAAAAUUAAUAUAUAUAUCAUAUACAUAUAUAUAUAUAUAUAUCGUAUACAUAUCCUAAUAUAUGGCAAUUUAAACUAA